GUCAUAAUUUAUUUACUAAUUCCUGUUGCCAUUAUAUUUCCAAAUUAAAAGGACGAAAACAACAAAUAAUCAUGAACUGCUUCGAGAACGUGACUGUGCCGAAUUGCGUGUGGUUUGAAGGAGGAGAAAGGCGUAAUAUUUUUGCGUCGAUUGUUGCAGGUUUUCUGUUCUUUACAGGAUGGUGGUUUAUAAUUGACUCGGCAUCUAAGUACCCCAGUGAUCUACCGAAUGCAGCACAUGUCUGCGGAGUGAUGGCUACCAUAUCUUUGGUUAUGAUUAACUCUGUUUCAAAUGCACAAGUGCGAGGAGAGACAUACACCGGGGGCUGUAUGGGCCCGCGCGGUGCGAGGCUCUGGCUCUUCAUGGGCUUCGUCGUGGGCUUCGCGUCUCUCAUUGCCGCCUGCUGGAUACUGUUUGCCAAUUAUGUUAACACUGAUGCGACCAAAAACACCUGGGCCGGGGUGAGCCUGUUCCUCCAGAACGCGUUCAUCUUCGCUGGCUCGCUGGUCUUCAAGUUCGGCCGCGCCGAGGACCUGUGGGGCUAAACCUAGCAAGUAACCUUGAUAUCUCAUUUAAGUCCGCUAAUAAGUAUGUGUAGAAUAUGAAUAAGUACCGUAAAAUGGGGUGACCCGCAAUGACUUAGAACAGUUUUCAAAGAUAUGUAAAUAGUACAUUAUUGUCGAGGCUCGGAAGUAGCUACUUGCUGGCUGAGGAUUCGUUUUAAACGGACGACCUUGGGAGUCCGUUUAAUUGAAUCCGAAGCCAGCAAGUAGCCUUCCAGCCGAGUCAUAUAUAGUGCUUUUCUCAAAAAUGGCGCAAUAAAUACAAAUAUAAUAGAAAUAUUUUACAGAAGCAACGUUCUUAUGUAUAUAUUUUUACAGAAAAAAGUGAAAUGAUUUGCUUUGCCGCCCUUUUAUUUUUUUAAUUAAAAAUAGAAGUGUAUUUUUCUGCUAAAAAUAAUGAAAUAGGUUGCUAUUUGAGACACCUAAAUAGUCGCGGUACCAACAUUAUAAUAAUAAGUACUGAUCAUCUGUUUGGCUGUUUCAUGGACCUAUGACUUCAUUUGAUAUGGCCACUUCAACUUUUAAAAAGUUUGGAACUCGACAAAUAAUGGAAUUUGUAUGCAACAUUGCAGUCCCGAAAUCGAGACUGCAAUGUUUUCAACUUUUUAAUUUUUUGACUGACCAUAAACUACGCACUUCGCGACCUAUUUUUGAACCGGCAACGUCGACUUUGCCGUCCAUUUUUGAGAAAAAUACCUUUAUAUUAUCGACUAUUUUGUAUCCCAAAUUAAUAUUUGUAGCAAUUUAUAUAUAAAAAAAAACAUCUAAACAUCAUCUAUCUAUCUAUUCUUUAGCAUCAUCAUCAUCAUCAUCAUCAUAACUUAAGAGCCUGGCUCUUGUCGGUGGAGUAACCGCCACUCCGUUCUUCUUUCUGCCGCUGUUUUGAGCUCCUGAUACGUCACUAAGUUGAUUUUCUUUUUGGCUUGGUCCAAAAACGCACAUUCAUUGCAUUCUUUAGCAAUAGGGGAUAUUACUGCAAUGUUGCAACCUUAACGCGAAUCCGAAAAUUCGCUAUCUGCCUCUCUUUAUCCCUCGAAUAUGCAAGAAUAACAGAGAUGUUAGAUUAAGAAAUUUUCUUGGUAUAGACCCCUCAGAUUGUGGUAGUGGCGCCCUGGCGCCCCUACGCAGAGUUUCGCGUAAUAUUAUCUAUUACCGGCGACACGCUCGUAUCACCUCUGGCUGGAGUGGCAUGCGUCUAAUAGGCUAGUGUCGUAUGCCAUGCUUUUCACUACUGUCGUUACAAAAACAUGAAAGGAUCAAGCUAAGGGACUAAAUGUAUUUACAACUUUUUUAAACUCUGUCAGGUCACCCUAUUCUAUGCUACAAAGUUACGGUCAUGUUGGCUUUAUAUUGGCAUUUACUAAUAGCGAAUUGCCUGAAGGCAUAGAAAUGUGCAAGUCUUGACUUUUAGAAAAUUUAAUCUAUUUGUGUUUUAAUAUUCAGUCUGGUUUGAAAGACCCUAUAGUAAUCUCUUGCAUUUACUGCUAACUUAACAAAAAAGGUCACAAAUCACAAACUAUGUACAUAUUGCAAUCAAAUUAUUAUUCGUGUUUUUAAUAAUAAUAAAAAAUAUACAACUUUUCAAAAUCCGAUAUAGUUGUGUUUAACUAUUAAUUGGUUACAAAUGAAUGUUAAAAUUCCCAAACAAGUUUCUAGUCGAAUCAAAUACAAGUGAGUAGGUAAAUAAGAUUCAAGAUACUUUCAUAAUGGAUUAAACCGAAUUUAAUAAUUAUUCGGUUUUAACAUGUCUAAAUAACUUUUGUGAUUAGUUAAUAAUCACCACAUAGUAUAAAAUAAAGUCGCUUCCUGCUGUCUGUCUGUCCCUAUACUCCCUAUGUAUGCUUAGAUCUUUAAAACUACGCAACGGAUUUUGAUGCGGUUUUUAUAGAUAGAGUGAUUCAAGAGGAAGGUUUAUAUGUAUAAUACCGCAUUGCACCCGUGCGAAGCCGGGGCGGGUCGCUAGUGUAAUAUAAUAUGUAAAGCCGUGGCCUGAUAUGAUGAUCAUGAUACGAUACAUGAUAUGAUGAAUACGGUACCUUCAAGAUUUUUUUCACAUUCUGCCUACUAGGUACUACUAAGUAUGUUUUAAAUGGGAAAAACAUUUUGUUCCUCAUUAUCAAGCCAAGGCUGUACGUAAGGCAGUUAUAGUGAAUUUUUUAUACGUUCCUACGUAACGUACGUACCUACUUACGUUGCUUCCUAGCAAGUAGUUAUUGAUGGAUGACUUCUACCGUAGAAUAUAUGUAAACACUAAGAAAAAACCGAGCUUUCGAGUUUGACACUUGAAGUAGAUUACGCUGUACGGAGUCAUAAUGAUAUCAAGGUAGUAUCACUUCUCUCUCCUAGCUCUUGUUAAAAUGCCAUUUGUCAAAAAAGGACAACCAUACUGUUGACAUGAUGAACUUCGAAUCAAGUCGUCGCCGUUUUGGUGGUUACAAGGCUGUGUAUGUGUGCGUUUUUAGGGAUGUGAGAAAUCGAUUUUAAUCAUGUUCUAUAUCGAUAAGCAUAAGCCCUAUACAGCGGAACGGAAUAGCGAUUAAUGAAGCUUCGAUAUCUUCGCUAAAAAUAAACAUAAUUGAAAUGCUAAUGGAUAAUGAAUAUAUUAUAAUAUAAUAAAAUAAUUCAAUUAUUCCGGAAUACAUAUUUUAGUAGGUAUUUAUGUAUUGUAAUUAAAAAACUGAACUUUCCCUUCGUUCCCUGCUGUGUCGUGAGUCGUGACUAUGAAAGCGUGACCUGAUAACCACAAUAAAGAAUAAAAGCGUUUUUGUUCAUUUUAGGUAUAGUUGAACCUUUCUAGUAAAUGAAAUAAAACUAUGAAAACGGAUUAUAUCGCGUAUAUUGAAUUUAUAAUACAUCCCGACGUUUCGAACUCUUUACAGCGUUCGUGGUCAACGGGUGACUGAGGAAAAAUUACAAAAUGCAAAAAUACCCACAUACUAAAAUAAUGAACAAUCAUAGACUACAAACUUUAAGGCUGGUUGUACAUGCAAAAUCGGUUCAUAAGGCUAGUUAUACACUAUAAUUAUUUUUCAAGUAAAGAUAUAUAUAUAUACGCGAUAAAAAACUAUGCCGGCUCCAACCCUACACCACUUUCUAGUAAAAUUCAGUUGCAAGAUAUGUCGAUAGUUUAUCGAUAUGACUUUAUCGACAUGGCCACAACAAGGUGGUUACACAUUAUUAAACGUACAUAAAAACAAAGUGGCGACGGUGACAGUUUGCUUAGACUCCAUCUUUAGGAAUAUUAUAUGCAUUAUAUCUAUGAGUCAUAUAAUAUGAUUUGUGGUGACUGAGUUGUCAAACAUCAGCUUUCAAAUUCGAAGCACGAUUUGUUUUUAGACAUCAAUAUUCUACAAUCAAUAACUCUUUGAUAGGAAGAAACUUUUUCUUUGUCAACAUGAUUUAAUGACUAACAAACAUACGUUCUUAAUCUUUCAGUUUAUAUAAUUAAAGACUUAACUGUCUACAGAUAAUCUUACCUAUUUUGUUUUAAGAAUCCCAGGCAAGCUCGGCCGAAUUUCACCAUCCCAUACAAACAGAGUUUCGUUCUCAUUUUAAAACUACGUGUUGGAUUGCAAUUGUAACUUUACACAUACAAUAACAUGAGGUAUAUCUAGGUCAGUGGGCCGAGCAUAUGAUUGACGCGACAGUAUCUCGCCACGAGAUAGACUAUAUACCCGUCUUUUACUAACUGUAUGAAUUAAAGGGGGACGGGUAGUCUGUCGCGCCGAGAUACUCUCGUGCCAAUCAAUCAUAUGCUAGACCGGCUGUAAUUAGUUUAUAUAGCUCCAGUUUAUAAAACAAACGAAAUAACUACGGUAUCUGAAGCUACAUAAACUAAUUACAGACAUAUAUAUACCUUAUCCUAUUGUAAGUACAAAGUUUCAGAGCAAACUAGCUACUAGUUUUAAAAUGAGAGUGUAACUACGUUUGUAUGGAGAACCGAGCUUGCCGGGGACCCUUAAGUCAAACUCCUGGAGAGUCUAAAAUUAGUUUUACGUUACGAUAUGACCAAAUGUGGAUAUGAAACGUUUGCUAAGCAUGCUGCCGUACUAAGCUUAAGAUCAGUAACUCAUUUUGAAAUGUCAUUCAUUUGUAUACCUUGUACGAUAUGUUCUACAAUAAUUCAAAGAGAUUUCAAAAUGAGUUAUUAUGCUUAGUGCGGCAGCAAGUAACUUCGCUGUUUCCCUAAUUGUAUAGUAUAGACCAAGAAGAUUAAAGACAUACUUACUGCAUAACAAAAAUGGAGUCGGAAGUUGCACGCCAAUGAUUGAUGUUUUCUCUGCAGAGUGAUUCUAUUGAAAUUAAAUUUAAUUAGGCAAUAA